AUGCUUUACGCACUACUAAAGUCAACUAAAGAAUAAGAGUAUCUUCACUAUCAUGGUACAUAGCACUACAAUUCAACGCCAGUUUCAAGACGAAUUUUGGUGGCAAACAUGGAAUCAAAAUCCUCAAACUCAAAGUUGUAUUAGUAUUCACAAAGACAGCACGAUCAUCCAAAGAACACCAAGAUUCUCCGCAUUCAAAACCAUUGAUUCAUGGGUUCGCUAACUCAAGUUAAUUACUUGAUUUUUUUGCUCAUACUUUCCAGCUUCUAUUUUGGUAUAAUCUCUGUGAAUGAUACCAUCACAUCAACCAGAUUCAUCAGGGACCCUGAGGCUAUAAUCUCAAGCAAUGGUGACUUCAAGCUCGGAUUCUUCAGCCCUGAAAAAUCCACAAAUCGCUAUGUGGCAAUCUGGUAUCUCUCUGAAACCUACAUCAUAUGGAUAGCCAAUAGAGACCAACCACUUAAUGAUUCAUCUGGGGUGUUCCAAAUUCACAAGGAUGGGAAUCUUGUGGUAAUGAAUCCACAAAAUAGGAUCAUAUGGUCAACAAAUGUGUCAAUCAUUGCUACCAAUACAAGUGCUCAACUUGAUGAUUCCGGAAAUCUGAUCCUGCGUGAUGUUUCAGAUGGAAAAAUACUAUGGGACAGUUUCACACACCCUGCUGAUGUUGCAGUGCCAUCGAUGAAGAUUGCUGCCAACAGGCUCACAGGCGAGAAAAUUGCAUAUGUGUCAUGGAAAAGCAGUUCUGAUCCUUCUUCUGGAUACUUCACCGGGAGCCUUGAACGCUUGGAUGCUCCAGAAGUGUUUUUUUGGUUCAACAAAACAAAGCCAUAUUGGAGAACUGGUCCAUGGAAUGGAAGGGUCUUCCUUGGAUCACCAAGGAUGUUAACUGAGUACCUAUAUGGCUGGCGUUUUGAGCCUAAUGAUAAUGGAACAGCUUAUCUAACCUACAAUUUUGAAAAUCCCUCUAUGUUUGGAGUCCUGACCAUAACUCCACAUGGCACACUUAAAUUGGUAGAGUUUUUGAACAAAAAGAUAUUUCUAGAACUUGAGGUGGACCAAAAUAAAUGUGACUUUUAUGGGACAUGUGGGCCUUAUGGAAGCUGUGAUAACUCAACUUUACCGAUUUGCAGCUGUUUUGAAGGGUUUAAGCCCAGCAAUCUUGAUGAAUGGAACAGGGAAAAUUGGACUAGUGGGUGUGUGAGGAAUAUGCAACUGAACUGUGACAAGUUGAAUAAUGGGAGUGAUGUUCAACAAGAUGGGUUUUUGGAGUACCAUAACAUGAAAGUGCCUGACUUUGCAGAGAGAUCAAUAAAUGGAGACCAAGACAAAUGCAGAGCAGAUUGCUUAGCAAAUUGCUCUUGCUUGGCCUACGCAUAUGAUUCUUACAUUGGUUGCAUGUUUUGGAGUAGGGACUUGAUUGAUUUGCAGAAAUUUCCAAAUGGAGGGGUUGAUCUCUUCAUUCGCGUGCCAGCACAACUUCUAGUUGUAGCUGGUGGUAAAAAGGAAAAAGAUUACAAGGGAUUAAUUAUUGGCAUUACUUUGGCAAUUGGAGCAUUAAUCACAGCUGUCACUGCGUAUCUUUUGUGGAGGAAGUUUACUCCUAAGCAUACAGGAAAUCAGCCUCAAAACUUGAUUACUGGUGACCAAAAACAAAUUAAACUGGAAGAGCUGCCUCUAUUUGAAUUUGAAAUGCUAGCAACUGCUACAAAUAACUUUCACUUGGCCAAUAUGCUUGGCAAGGGAGGUUUUGGUCCAGUAUACAAGGGGCAAUUGGAUAACGGACAAGAAAUUGCUGUAAAAAGACUUUCAAAAGCAUCUGGACAAGGAUUGGAAGAAUUUAUGAAUGAAGUAGUAGUGAUUUCUAAACUUCAACAUCGCAAUCUUGUAAGACUUCUUGGUUGUUGUAUAGAACGAGACGAACAGAUGUUGGUAUAUGAGUUUAUGCCAAAUAAAAGUUUGGAUUCGUUUCUCUUUGAUCCACUCCAAAGGAAAAUACUAGAUUGGAAAAAACGCUUCAACAUAAUUGAAGGAAUAGCUCGAGGAGUACUUUAUCUUCAUCGAGACUCAAGACUAAGGAUUAUACAUAGAGAUCUUAAAGCAAGCAACAUCUUACUAGAUGAUGAGAUGAAUCCCAAAAUAUCAGACUUUGGUUUAGCUAGAAUUGUUAGAGGCGGCGAUGAUGAUGAAGCUAACACGAAAAGGGUUGUUGGAACUUAUGGUUAUAUGCCGCCUGAGUAUGCAAUGGAGGGAAUUUUCUCAGAAAAAUCGGAUGUUUAUAGCUUUGGAGUGUUAUUGCUAGAAAUUGUAAGCGGACGAAGAAACACCAGCUUUUAUAACAAUGAGCAAUCACUUAGCCUUGUUGGAUAUGCAUGGAAACUAUGGAAUGAAGACAACAUUAUGUCUAUAAUAGAUCCUGAGAUACAUGAUCCAAUGUUCGAAAAGAGUAUAUUGAGGUGCAUACAUAUAGGACUUCUAUGUGUGCAAGAACUUACAAAAGAAAGACCCACAAUAUCCACUGUGGUUUUGAUGCUCAUAAGUGAGAUUACACAUCUUCCUCCUCCAAGACAAGUUGCAUUUGUUCAGAAACAAAAUUGUCAAAGUUCAGAGUCUUCUCAGAAAAGCCAAUUUAACUCAAACAACGAUGUAACUAUAAGUGAAAUUCAAGGUAGAUAACAACAUGAAUCGACACUGCCAUUGUUAACAAUAACUUGUGCUUAAUAUAUAAUUAUUAACCCCCUGGUACCAUGCACUACAUGAAGUAACCAAUACAAACAUCAAAGUAUAGGACUCCCUUUGAACCCUCUUAAACCAGUUUGAUGUGAGCACACUUAAUAAGGUACUAACACAUCUCUAAGGGUUAAGACCUAUGAUUAACACUUAGAUGGAGACUUUAGGCUAGCUGGAGAACUUAUUUGCUUUUCAAUUGUUAUGAUUAUUCCUUUUAUGAUUAUUAUUUUCUUUGAAAACCGCCUUGUAUAAUUCAUCUAAAGACAUGGAUAAUUCAAGAUUACUUACUCUU